AUGAAUAACAAUCAGCCCGAGAAUGAGAACAUCCAAAGCUACUACAACGAGGCCAUCACCAACCACUACGCCCGUCUCUGUCACGAGGCCAGUGUCCAGGGACGAGGCUACGCCUUCCAUUACGAUGAUGUUAGCUCUACCAACGGCGUGGACCAAUCUGGUUUUGUCAAUGAUGGCCAGCCAGCUGAGCUGACCAUCUGGGUCGGCUCUCCACUUGAAGGUUAA